AGCCAGCGAGAUUUCUGCAACUGUGUACAUGCCAAUGCCAUUAUUUUUUAUAUUAUUUCGUUUCCUAUUUUGAUCAGAAGCGGUAGUACGUUGCUCAAGGAAAACAUAUUAAAUUGUUAAUAAUGAUUCAACGUUUUAAUUAAGAAGUGCACCAUGAGCGAAUAAUUAUUAGAGCUCGUUCAAAUGAUUUUCUUAUUGUGAAGUUUUCAUUCGGUUUUUCCCUACUCUAUUUCGCUCUGGCCAGUGUUUGUACUGUAUGUAAGAGUGAGAAGUGGACAAUCAAGUAAAAAUUGCAACGUUUAAGUUCUCAAAGUGUGAAAUUACAAUGUCAACAAGUGAGCAUGAUACUAUGAGUGAAGCGGCGUCUUCGCCGCUGUCCUACAUGGGGUCCCCGCAUCGGUCGCCAUGCCAGCAAGUGCCGCAGUUGGCUAAUGUCUUCACAGAACUUAGUUGUGCCGAAAUCAAUGGCUUCAACGGGAUGAAAGACAGGCCGUUCCUGCGCAUCGUGGAGCAGCCGCAGGACCACUUCCGGUUCCGGUACAGGAGUGAGAUGGUCGGCACACACGGCUGUCUACUCGGCAAAACUAGCACCACCAGUAAAAUCAAGACGCAUCCUAUGGUAGAGUUGGUGAACUGGAACAAACGAGCACUGAUCCGCUGCAGACUGGCGCAGCACCUCAAGCCGGACGAGCAUCCGCACCAGCUGCUCGAGGACGAGCAGGAAGACAGAGACGUGUGCGCGGAGGUGCCGGAGCGGGGCAGCUACCGGGUCAGUUUUGCUGGCAUGGGCAUCAUACACACGGCCAAGAAAGAUGUGCCUACUCUGCUGUACAAGAAACAUAAGGAGAGGGAAGGAAAACUUAUCGACACCAGAGAACUCAUGAGUUACUGCGAGACGGAGGCUAAAGGUAUCAACUUGAACAUCGUGAGGCUGAGGUUUAGCGCCCACGACAUCGACACCGACCUGGAGAUCUGCGCUCCGGUGUUCUCCGAGCCUAUACAUAACAUGAAGAGCGCAGCAACCAACGACCUGAAGAUAUGCCGUAUAAGCAAGUUCUACGGCCGACCCAAAGGCGGCGAGGACGUCUACAUUCUAGUGGAGAAAGUCAACAAGAAAAACAUUGAGAUCCGCUUUGUGGAGAGAAACGAAAAUAAUGAAGAGAUUUGGUCGGCCAAAGCGCACUUUCUUCAGAGCGACGUUCACCACCAAUACGCUAUCGUGUUCAGGACACCAGCGUACAAGGACCAGCAGAUAACGUCCGACGUGAAAGUGUCAGUGGAGCUAGUGAGGCCUUCCGACGGCCGCUGCAGCGACCCUAAGGAGUUCACGUAUCGGGCAGACCCGCUCACCAACAAGACCAAGAAGAGGAAGGCCAACACGCAGUCGCCUUACGGUUCCUUUAGCAGCUCUGGGUCUUUAGGAUCAAUAAAAAGUAUUGGUUUACCGGCCACCGUUAUGGAGUUAAAUCAACAACCACAAAAAUCAACUCCAGAAAACGAUUUUACCUAUCACCUUAUGAUGCCUAAUGCCGUUCCCGUAAUGAUGGAAACCCAAACCACCGCUGACUUGGGCGACGCACUAAUGGGGAUGGCGUGUGACCAAGAUCAAAGCCAAAACCCUUUGCAACUGCACUGCACCGUCAGCCCUAUGAUGCCGCAGGCCGACCCGCCUACGAUUAGCUUAAACUCUACGGAGUUUGCUAACCUUCUUCGAGCUGAUUUAGAACCAGAACAGAGGGAUGAUUUCACCGCAUUUUGCCAGCAGUACAUGACUCCAUCAAUGACCGAGUUCAUGCAAGACCGAUUGGAAGCAGAUUCAGGACGCGGAAAGGCUACACUUCAACGCAAAACGCAAGUACAACAAGGCGCCCGUUCGCAAGUAAAGACCCACAAUAUAACGGACAAGCCGACCGAGUACACCGCCGUCUACACGCCCGAACACGGAUCGGAGGUUAAGAAAUUAGUAAGAGAGAUCUGCGAACUUAUACGGAACAAAACUGCUUUCAAGAAGCCGCUGGUGAAAGAAAAACUUGAGCGACUGUUUGCGAUGCGCCUUUCCAACGGAGACACGUUUCUCCACAUGAGCCUAUGCAACAAUAGAGUCAGCUUCGAAUACAUAGUGAAAUUACUGCACUCUAUGAAAAUGCACCAUCUCAUCAAUCUCGCCAAUGAUCUCGAGCAGACGAUUCUACACUUGGCUAUCGUCAAUGACCUUCCGCAGUUGGUGACCAUCAUCAUAGCGAACGGUGGCGACCCAAUGCUGGGCGACCAGGAUGGCAGCAACGCCGUUCAUUACGCCGCGCAGUGCGGCGUCUGCAUGCAGCCGUUACUACAUGCCAUCAAGAAGAACAAAGUGGCGUGCGACCUUAACGCAGUCAACAAAGAAAAACAAACGGCCCUCCACUUAGCCGUAGUCCCAGGCAUCGAGCAGUCCGACAUCGAAGCAGCAAAGAACUCCAUAAAAUUACUCCUCCAACACGGAGCCAGCCACAACGCGCGCGACGCGGAGGGCCGCACGCCCCUCCACCUCACGGCUUACGACGACCGCUUGGCUCUCGCUAGGGUGCUCUUGGAGCACAUGCCCGAGAGUGACAUCGAUGCUGUGGACAGCCGUGGCUACACGGCCCUCCAAAUCGUAUGCGGCGGCGAAAUCAGAGAAAACACCAUCGAAUUUAUGAAAUUGCUCAUACUCAGAAAGGCGGAUCCUUACAAAAACGAACCUCAUACGGAUUCCGCAUGGCUUUUAUCACGCGACAAACCGAAGCUGCGCGCCGCGCUGGCGGAACUUCUCGACUGCGACACCGACGUCAAAUCCGAGCCGGAGGAUGAAUACGAGUCGGCCGAUGAAGGGGAUGAGUCAUGUCUGAGCGACCUGUCUCUAUACAGCUCUGAAUUAGCCGCUGUACUGGACAAGUCGGGCGAGUGGCGCGCCCUGGCGACGCGACUGCGGCACGACGCGCUCGCCAACUGGUACGAGAACACGCCCAGCCCCACACAAACCCUGCUGGCGCAGCUGAAGGAAGGCCAUGAUAUCAUUACCACGAAGUCUCUGAUGCUGAUACUCGAAGACCUGGGACUGAUGGAGGCGGCGAGAAUUAUUCGCGAGAGAGUCCGUACUCUCGACUAGUCUACUUUAAGUCUAGUCUAAAUCAGCCCUUAGACAGCGCGCGAACUCGCAUGCGAUUUUAGUUACAUUGCGGACUGUUGGUUACGUCCAAUUGAACCGACCGAUCAAAACCCGCAAUGUAAUGAAACUCGCAUGCGAGCUCUCGCGUCAUCUAAAUGAGCCCUAAAUCAGCCCUUAAUUUUAAUUUAAGGCUUGUAUUAUGUAUAAUAUAAGCCUUAAAUUAAAAUUAAAAUGCAAUACUCUCCUUGUCAUUCCGUACUAAGUGAAAUAAUACAGCUAUUUUCGGGGCACUAUUGUUGCCCGCCGAUUAAAAGUAAGUUUGAGACCUUUAAUUUGUUUUUUUUUUUGUUCUAGAAUAUAUUGAAAUGAUAGGUCCCAACAUUAAAUGUACAAACAUUUGGUUUGAAUCUAAUUUGAAUUGAAUUAAUUUGUGGAACACCAGCCUAAGCAAUAGUAAAAGUUGGUCAAGCAGAUCUUGUCAGUAGAAAAAGGUGGCAAAUUUGAAAAAUGUAGGCGCGAAGGGAUAUCGUCUCAUAGAAAAUUUGAAUUUCGCGCCUUUUUCUACUGACAAGAUUUGCUUGGCCAUCUAUAUUUACCUAUUGUUUUAGUAUUUUUAAGAGUAAUUUUUAUUAUAUACUAUUAAUUAUCUUCACCAAAUGUUAAGAGUACCAAAAAGUACAGUUAUGUAACUUUCUUUUUGUUAAAGUUCCUGUAGUGUAGACGUAUCUAUACUUCAAUCUUUUUGUUUGACACAUGAGGUUCACCAAAUUUAAAUCGAUUUAACUGUAUUCUUUACUGUUUAUGUUUAUAACUUUUAGAAUAUGUAUUUGAAACAUAUAUUACUUGUUAGUUUAAUUUUUUAUCAAAAUUAUUUUCCUACGUAUCAAGUAAAUUUUUGUGGUAGGAAUUGAAUGAAUGUAUAUCGAAGGCGAAACGUUUUCAUGCAUGCGGAAUGUUAACCGUGCCAUGUGUUAUUAGUUUAGUAUUAAUAUGACCUUUAGCAGCCCAGAUACCUAUAAAAAGGACUCCCAUUCCAUUCUAAUUUGAAUCUUUAUUUUGUCAAAUCAACAUAUUAAUUAUCUUGGCCAGUUAUGAUGCCUCGGCGGCUAGUAGCUAGAGCAGCGGCCGGCAACUUUUUAGAAGCCAAGGGUCAAAUAUAGUAGUUAACAAAGUUGACGCGGGCCGCACUUUGUUAAUUAUUUAUCACUUUUAUCAGACAUUGUCGUUUGUCAUUAUUACAUACAAAAUAGCCAGGGAAGCUCGCGGGCCGCAAGUGUGAGGUUCGCGGGCCGCCCGUUGUCAACCGCUGGGCUAGAGGAUAAAAUGACGUAUUCUAAGACUUAUAUCAUGACUGAAAAAUAUAUCAGGGCAGCAAUGUAUACCUUCAUUUUUUAAAAGGCUAAAAUUAUAUUUAAAACGUUAAUUGGCCAGCUAUUAAAUGUUCGAGUCGAUUGACCCACUGUUCUUAAUAGGGGUAUGACACACUGAACCCGAUUCGCACGUCCGAAGUUUGAGCGAGACAACGCUAUGCUAUCGGAGCGACGUGUGAAUCGGACGCAGUUUGCCAUGCCCCUUACCAUUAUUUACACUAUUCAUGCAAAUUGCUCAAGUUCUUAUUUCAAUUGUUUGAAGUAUUGUAUUAACCUCUAGCCGCCCAGAGACCUAUAUAAAGGUCUCCUGUUCCAUUCUAAUUUGAACUUUGUGUUUACAAAAUAAAAUUUCAUUUUGCUUGGCAAGGUUUGAAGUAUGGGCGGCUAGAGGUUAAGAACAUAAUUUGUUUCAACUUGUGACUAGCCCUGUAUUGUAAGCAAAAGGUUAUAUCAACCAGUAAGAGCUUAAAUGUUUAAAUCACCAAACCAAACUUAGGUAAGCAGUAGGUAUUAAGGAUCAAUGGUGCAUAUGCCUGCCAUUCUAUUUUAAAAACAUUGGAAAUUAUAAGGAAAUUGUGUAGAGAGGCCUUUCAGUCUGCUGUGUUUGAAAACACAUUUUUUAUAAGAGCUAGGUAGUAAGGAAACGUGAUAAUAUACGUAAGCUUUAUGUAGCUUACAUUUUGAUGUUGAUAAAUCAAUUAGGUACAUAUAUAUAAUUAAAUCAUUUAUUACUUUUAAAUCUUUUAAUUCCUCUUGACAAAUUUGUCGAUGACGACGUUUAAAUAAUUGACUAUACGCUAUCGCGUUCAAUAGUUUAUAAAAAUAUGGGGUAGAAUAGGCAAAACAUAUAUCAAAUGUGUAAUUAUAAGAAUAAAAUAGUAAUGAAAUGCAUUUCUGUUAUUUUUAAUGUGUAUAGAAAAAGUAAAGAUGUUAUUUUUAA